GAACCACCUUCAAUACAGUCCUAAGAACUGUAAGCAAACGGCAUGGACAGGUGUUGCAGUCCUCUCUUACUGUCAGAAAACCUGAUGUAAAAGAAAAAUUCCAUGGACCUGGAGUUUUCUCAUCAUUCAGCACUGCAAAAAUAUACCAAGACCAUGUUUCAGUCAGGACAUCGUAGAGGGCGGAGCCUCUGUGAAGAAUUGACACUUGAGGAAACAGAAAAGGGGGUAUUGGUUGUCUCAGGAAUCAAUGACUCCUCAGCUAACCAGAGGCUACAAAAAGGGGAUGAAAUUGUGGGUGCCACAAUCCACUUUGACGAACUUUCAAAAGCUGAUGUGCUAAAAUUGUUGAAGCUCAUUGAACCUUUUGAUGAGAAUGUUGAAUUAUUAUCAAAGAAAACUAAAAGGCCCAGUAAGAGCUUGGGGGCCUUGGACAGAUGUGUCAAAGCCCCAGAGGAGAUGCUGAAGGAUUCAUACAAUAGACUCUACCAUGACAAGAUUAAGAAGUUUAUAAAGGAUAACAUGUGUGUAGGUGCUGGGGAAGGCUCUAUUAACAGAGAGUUUAAGCCUAGACUCAAAGAUAACAUUGAAUCUUCCAUACAGGGCAUGGACACAAAUACGACUAGAGUAGAUGCUCCUAACUUCAUACACUCUCCAGUCAUUGUGAAUGAUCCCAGAGGAGAGAAUUUAUUGCAUGUUGAGAGACCAGAUAUAGAUAUCAAAACAUAUGUAAAUCCACCAAACAUUGACACUCCAUCAACUGAUCUGAAGAUGCCAGGCCUUGAGCAAACUCACAUUAGCAAUGGUUUAGAUGUUUCUUUGCCCAAAGCUGACCUCACAGUGCCUGUCUUAGACCUUACCGCUCAAAAAGACAAAAUUCAAGACAAAAGUUGUUAUCCAGAGGAGAGUACUAUCACUUUCACAGCUUUAGAUAUUUAUUCUCCAAAACUUGAUACUGAAGGAACAGCCAAGAAAUUAAAGAUUCCAAAUUUAAAGAUGCAAGACUUUGGGCUCUCCGGACAAAACAUAAAAAGGCCAGGUUGUAAAGUUAUGACAUCAGAUUUGAGUCUCCCACGUGUGGAUGACCUCACAAAAUCUAAACUAGACCUCAAUGCACCAUAUGUUAGCAUGCAAACGCCCAAAAGAGUCCAGUCCUACAAGAAAAAUCCUGACUUAAACGUGGAUGAUCCCUCUGGUUAUUUAGAGGUAUCAAAAGUUAGACUAUCUGCCAGAGAGCCAAAAGGUAUAGACAAUGAUACCGUUUUUAAAAUUCCAGACAUUGAUAUCAAAUCUCCUCUGAUUGAUAUUCAUGACCCAAGAUUGUUGAAUGCAGAUUUACCAUCGGUAGACGCAAUACGUCUCCAGACUCCAGAUAUUACUUCAGGAAUAUUUGGAAUACAAUCGAAUAAGAAACCACAAAUGGACCUUAUAUCUCCAGAUGUACUACAUGAUGGCCCUUUUGAACUUGACUUAUCUGGCACAUUGCUAAAAAGAUCUGAUCUGGACAUUGAUGUCAAUACCUUAACCCCUAAAGCUCCUCAGAUAAAAGAUGGGAUUUAUCUUUCAAAUACGAGUUUAACCAAAGUUGACACCAAAGUCUCAAAGUUGGAUAUGAAUACUCCAGAUGUUGACCUUAAUUACCCUUCUGGAAAUUGUAUAAAAAUGCCAAACAUUAAGGUGCCUAAAUGUGGCCUGUCAAAACCCCAAGAACAAAAUAAUGUUCGAAACCUAGCAGAACCUACCAUAACUUUAUCUCCAAAAGUUGAAAAAGAAAUGUCAAGUCCAAACUUCGACAUAUCUACGGUUGACCUUACAUGUCCUGACAUUGAUGAUAGCCCAUCUGGAAAAUUCAAGAUUCUGGACAGUUUUAAAAUGUCAGAUAUUAGCCUAUUUGGUCCAAAGGUUACGGGUCCUGAUUGUGAGUUUAUUCCAGAUUGUGAUCUGUCAGCCCCUCAGCAAAAAGGAGAAAUUAAUCGCCUAGAUUUGAAUGCGUCUGAUUACCUAAAAGGGACCGAGAUAGACCUUACUGCUCCAGAUUUAAAUAUCAAUAUGCCUUCAAUCAGUUUCCCAACCUUUAAUAAACCUGACAGUAAACUAAGUGAUUCUGGUAUCAAAGCUAACACUCCUUCAAGUAAAUUCAGAAUGCCUAAACUAUUUGGUACACUGUCCAAAAAAACACCAGAGUUAAGUCUCAAAGCUCCAACUAUGAAAAGUGGGAUUGAUGUACCAGACUUACCAAAAGCCAACCUCAAAGAACUUGAUUUAGGUACAAACACCUCAAACAUAGACACUGAUCCUCUCAAAGGUACAUUGAAUAUUCCCAAACUGAGAAUGCCCAAUUUUGAGCUCCCAGGGCAAAGAAGACCCAGAAAUGUUGACAUUACUGGACAUGAUGUUAGACCAAACUUGACGAAAGGACUACAUAUUGACACUUAUGGAGGCAUAGGGAGUUCAAAUGCAGAUACUAAAACACCCAGAGUCAACCUUAAAGGUCCCAAAAUGGGCCUACAACUGCCAGAUGUUGAUUUGGGAAGCCCAUUAAGCAAACUCCAGAAGCCUGAUUUAAAAAUCGAUAUAGGUGUAAAAACACCCGAUUUAAGCCUCAAAGAACCUUAUCUGAAAGGUGGUAUUGAUGUCUCUGACUUGGAUUUACCAAACAUGGAUGUGAAAGCACCUCAAUUAGAUCUUAAUACUCCAAAUGUAGACAUUGGUUCACCUCAGACAAAAUUCAAAAUACCCAAACUGAAAAUUCCCAAAUAUGGGAUCUCAGGUCUUAAAGGGCCAAGUGUGGACAUAGAUGGAGCUCUAAAUGCACCUGCCUUUAACAUUCCUGAUCUUCACCUCUCAGAUCCAAAGCUCAAAGGCAGAAUAAACCCCCCAGAUCUGAAACUGCCAACAGCUAAUCUGAAAGGCCCAAAACUGGAUGUCAAUGCCCCAAAUAUGAACUUAAAAAUGCCCUCUGGUAAACUCAAUGUACCAACCUUGAAGAAGCCUAAAGCGGAGCUCCGUGCUUUAGAUUUUGAUGUUGAUCCCCCCUCUGGAAAGCUGAAAAUGGCUUCAUUUGGUUUCUCAGGAAAACAGCCAAAAAUAGCAAAUAUGGACAUAGAUACAGGUCUGAAAACACCCAAUUUAAGUCUCAAAGCCCCUCAUAUGAAAGGUGGUAUUGAUGUCUCUGACUUGGAUUUACCAAACAUGGAUGUGAAAGCACCUCAAUUAGAUCUUAAUACUCCAAAUGUAGACAUUGGUUCACCUCAGACAAAAUUCAAAAUACCCAAACUGAAAAUUCCCAAAUUUGGGAUCUCAGGUCUUAAAGGGCCAAGUGUGGACAUAGAUGGAGCUCUAAAUGCACCUGCCUUUAACAUUCCUGAUCUUCACCUCUCAGAUCCAAAGCUCAAAGGCAGAAUAAACCCCCCAGAUCUGAAACUGCCAACAGCUAAUCUGAAAGGCCCCAAACUGGAUGUCAAUGCCCCAAAUAUGAACUUAAAAAUGCCCUCUGGUAAACUCAAUGUACCAACCUUGAAGCCUAAAGCAGAGCUCAGUGCUUUGGAUUUUGAUGUUGAUCCCCCCUCUGGAAAGCUGAAAAUGCCUUCAUUUGGUUUCUCAGGAAAAGAGCCAAAAAGACCAAAUAUGGACAUAGAUACAGGUCUGAAAACACCCCAUUUAAGUCUCAAAGACACUCAUAUGAAAGGUGGUAUUGAUGUCUCUGACUUGGAUUUACCAAACAUAGAUGUGAAAGCACCUCAAUUAGAUCUUAAUACUCCAAAUGUAGACAUUGAUUCACCUCAGACAAAAUUCAAAAUGCCCAAACUGAAAAUGCCCAAAUUUGUGAUCUCAGGUCUUAAAGGGCCAAGUGUGGACAUCGAUGGAGCUCUAAAUGCACCUGCCUUUAACAUUCCUGAUCUUCACCUCUCAGAUCCAAAGCUCAAAGGCAGAAUAAACCCCCCAGAUCUGAAACUGCCACCAGCUAAUCUGAAAGGCCCCAAACUGGAUGUCAAUGCCCCAAAUAUGAACUUAAAAAUGCCCUCUGGUAAACUCAAUGUACCAACCUUGAAGAAGCCUAAAGUGGAGCUCAGUGCUUUAGAUUUUGAUGUUGAUCCCCCCUCUGGAAAGCUGAAAAUGGCUUCAUUUGGUUUCUCAGGAAAACAGCCAAAAAGAGCAAAUAUGGACAUAGAUACAGGUCUGAAAACACCAAAUUUAAGUCUCAAAGCCCCUCAUAUGAAAGGUGGUAUUGAUGUCUCUGACUUGGAUUUACCAAACAUAGAUGUGAAAGCACCUCAAUUAGAUCUUAAUACUCCAAAUGUAGACAUUGGUUCACCUCAGACAAAAUUCAAAAUACCCAAACUGAAAAUGCCCAAAUUUUGGAUCUCAGGUCUUAAAGGGCCAAGUGUGGACAUAGAUGGAGCUCUAAAUGCACCUGCCUUUAACAUUCCUGAUCUUCACCUCUCAGAUCCAAAGCUCAAAGGCAGAAUAAACCCCCCAGAUCUGAAACUGCCAACAGCUAAUCUGAAAGGCCCCAAACUGGAUGUCAAUGACCCAAAUAUGAAUUUAAAAAUGCCCUCUGGUAAACUCAAUGUACCAACCUUGAAGAAGCCUAAAGCAGAGCUCAGUGCUUUAGAUUUUGAUGUUGAUCCCCCCUCUGGAAAGCUGAAAAUAUCUUCAUUUGGUUUCUCAGGAAAACAGCCAAAAAGAGCAAAUAUGGACAUAGAUACAGGUCUGAAAACACCAAAUUUAAGUCUCAAAGCCCCUCAUAUGAAGGGUGAUAUUGAUGUCCCUGACUUGGAUUUACCAAACAUAAAUGUGAAAGCACCUCAAUUAGAUCUUAACACUCCAAAUGUGGACAUUGGUACACCUCAGACAAAAUUCAAAACACCAAAACUGAAAAUGCCAAAAUUUGGGAUCUCGGAUCGUAAAGGGCCAAGUGUGGACAUAGAUGGAGCUCUAAAUGCACCUGCCUUUGACAUGCCUGAUAUUCACCUCUCAGACCCAAAGCUCAAAGGCAGAAUAAACCACCCAGAUCUGAAACUGCCAACAGCUAAUCUGAAUGGCCCCAAACUGGAUGUCAAUGCCCCAAAUAUGAACUUCAGAGGUCUGGACCUCACAAGGGCUGGAUCAGAUAUUGAUUUUGGCACAGUAAUGACCAGUCGUUCACCAGACAUGAAUAUUUCUCUACCGAAAGCUAAACUACAUGUUAAAGACAUUAAGGACAACUUAGCUAGAACAAAACUGAGUCCCCCAAGGAACAGUACCUCUUUUGUGGACAAUGGUGUGGAUCUAAGACUUGCAAAUCUCAACGCUGCUUCAAACCCUAAAAUGUAUGUUCCAAAGAGUUAUGAAAAGGAGCUAGUGAAUUUGAAUUUGGGCAACAAUGUUGACUCUCAGGGACGUGAAUCUCACAAGGAAGCGGCAGUUAAUGAAAUUGAUCAGACUAAAAUGAGAAGAACAAAAAUGCAAGGUCCCCAAAAAUCUGAAUAUGAAAAAUGUAUGUUAAAUUUUACAAAUGACAACAAGAGUCCAGAAGAUUUUGAAGGAUAUUACGUCACAGUCCCUAAGCAACUAAAAUCAAAUGUUAGAGGACAGACUGGUGUAGCAGGUAGUAAAGAAUCAAACCAAAGGUCACACACACACGGAGGGCUUGAUUUUACUGCUUCAAGUCUAGACCUUGAAGUUCCUGAACAGAAUGACUUGAAAGGGUCAACAUUCUGGUUUUCAAAGCUUAUUUAAGGUUAGCGUUCAAUUUGAGGUUAAAUUUGGUAAAAAGACGUUUACAUGUAAAGUGAAUAUGUAGACUAUUUGAAAUUGUGGUGGCUGUUGGUGCAAAGCACAUGAAAGUCACAUGGAAGUCCUUGGAAAAAAAGCAGAAUUAUAUCAGUUAGAUUUACAUACUUGUUUUAUUUUAGGAUUUUUAUUAAACAUACAUUAUGCAUAAACUGCCAUUCUGAGAGACAAGACUGUGACAGGAAUACUAACAUUGGCAUACUUGCACUUUCCUGUGAAAUUAAUUUGUAAUUAAAAUAUGACUAUGAACUU